AUGCCAACGAAAUUUAUUACUGAAUUUGAACUACGUGCAUCUGGUAUUUUCGGUUAUCACGACGAAUAUUUACUUCGUGCUGUUCAACAAGCUUUAUCCGAUACUGCUCUCACGUGGUUUAUUCAACAACAACAAGCACUAUCAAUUACUACUUGGAAUCAAUUUAAACAAUUAUUUCUUCAACGCUUUCGAACUCCAGAUAAAAUUGAAUCAUUACGUGGUCGAUUACGAAUUUUAUGGCAAAAUGAUAAUGAAUCAACAGCUGAUUAUUUUGAACGACUCAAAGCAUUGAUUUCAGAAAUUGAGCCUGUCAAUUCCACAGACUAUCUUAAACGAAAAUUCUUACAAAAAUUACGCAAAGAUAUACGUGACAAAAUGCCACUUGGUCUUACAUCUUCUUUAUCUGAUUUAGUUCAAAAAGCUAUCGAAAUUGAAACAAAUAUUGUGCAACAAAAAAUUGAUGAUAAACUUCGUGAUGCACAUAAAGAGGAUAAUAUUCACAAACAAAAAUCCAACAUUAUUAAUAAUUUACGAAAUGCCUCUCAAUUUAAUUCAUUACCUUUAUCAAAUUAUAAUAGACAUUCUUCGAAUGAUAAUAAUUAUAAUAAUUCCAAAUCUAAUAAUAAUUUUAAUGACAAUUUACAGACAUUUAUAAAUUCAAAAAGAUCACCACCUCAAGCAACUCAAAUGCACAACGACUCUUAUACAUCUCGACAAAUUGUCAAUCGACAUAAAAAGGUAAAAUUUCGUAAUAAUAAUAAAUGGUGUUCAUCUUGUUCCAGUGCAAACCAUACUUGGCUCAACUGUUAUUCCAAUCCAAAUGGUCUUAAUUAUCAAUCUACACCUUAUCGACGUGAACAGCAACAACACUCACGUCAACAAUCUAUGUUACCACCUCAUUAUUCUCAACAACACCAUUCAACUCAACAAUAUCAUCAGCCGCCGAAUCAACAUGAAUUUAUUAACCAACAGCAACCACAACAACAUUACCAACAACCUUCAUCAUCAUCUUAUUUACCAUCUCAAUCUAUAUCAUCCUCAUCUCAAUUUAUUGUUUCUACAUGUAUUAAUACUGAUUCACUUGCUACAAAUUGUGCUGGUACAUCUUUGUCUACAACUAAUACUACUAUUACUUCAUCACCUGCCUCUUAUUUAGUAGCUGAAGCUAAAAUUAAUGAUAUACCUGGUGUCGUACUUCUUGAUACAGGAUCUGGUCUUACUAUUAUUAAUUCUCGACAUUGGUCGCUUAUUGAUGAUCAAUCUAUUCCACCAACACCAUAG